UAGCCUUUAUGUAAGUGCACCAGACAUGUCACACAAGUUUUAUAGUAAAUGAAAAAUGCAGUUCAAUGAAGGCGAAUGGGUUACAUUUCCUCAAGUGACAGCCAUUUGUGCCGGUAAUGCAAAAUACUUUGGCGGUGGCAUGAAAAUUACACCAAAUGCUGAUCCUUUCACUGGAAGUUUAGAGGUUGUGAUUCUUCAGGAUUUCAAGUGGUAUGAUUUUGUCAUGAAAUUACAUAGGCUUUACAGCGGGACACAUCUCUCAGUUAAAAAUGUAUCUACAAGAAGUGUACUUUCUAUUGAGGUGGAGGACGUAUCAGGCAGCGGUGGCAUUUAUAUUCAAUCUGAUGGAGAGCAUUUGGGAUUCCUUCCAAAAAAGAUUGGCAUUCUUCCCGCUGCUAUUGAGAUGAUAUUUUGAUCCCUCUGGAGUAUAACAGAGUCGGCAAAAAGGGAUGCUUUGUAAUUUCCUAGAUUUAAAAAGAGGAAGAUUGUGUUUCCAUUGUGUAGGCAUCAGAAUAGGCUUCUUACCUUUUUCAUGGCCUGAGGGAGAGAAGUCAUAAUUUUUUUGAAUUGUCAAUGGGUUGACAUUUAAUUUAUUGAAUUUUUGUAACAUGUUUCUAUAGUUUUAGAAUGUAAAAAAUUGUACAGAUUGGAGGUUUAAAAUAGUUAUCAUCCGUCUCUCCAAAAUUUUUCAACUUUUCACUUGUAUGACACUGUCAACUGUCAAUUUAUUACUCGAAUUAUCGGCCUUA